CCAAGGAUACAGAUUUAUUCUUCUCUCUUUCUCUCUGUAGACACAUAUUUCUCAUUUUCUUCUUUUUUUUUUUAGUAUGAAUCUUCUCUUCCUCUUCUUUUUUACCAUUUAUUUUUCAUAUUUAAUCAACAAAAAACAUAAGAAGAUGAUAAUGGACUUCAAAAAUACGAAGAUUUGCUGGUGGCGAAACUCUGGAGGCCCUGGAGACGAAUCCAAGGCAGAGCUCAAGGUCGACUUCACGCCAUCAUCUCACAUGUGCUCAAGCUCAACGUCACACCAUCUUCGCAAUCUCGUCGUCAUGCCAUCAGCUCGAGUUCGCCGUCAAUCUAGCCUAACAAAGAGGAGGAAGAUUCUUUCCAAAUCUCCAUUAUUCUUUUUCAUUUCUUGCUCUUUUAAUCUGCUGAUGCAUGAAUCUGAUAUGUUUGUGAUGGUGAGAUUUAAUGUUCUUUUGUGGGUUUGAUACUUAGAAAAUCUGAAAGCUGAACCGGAGAUUUGCAUAUAAUCUAACGGUUUAAAAAGCUUACGACAAAAAGAAAAGAAACUACGCAGCUGAUAUCACUGAAUAUGCCUUCAAAUAGAAAUAUUCAAGUUUUAAGAAGAUCUUACCAUUGCUUCUUAUAUAUUUUCAUCAUUUUAUUCUCAGGGCAUAAUGAAGCAACUUAUUUUGUGCUUCGAACGACAUCGGAUCUCCUUUCUUCUAGUUCAACUCACUCACGCUGAAAUGCACGAUAAGUUGAAAUUGAACAGUCUGCUGAUGUUAUCGACUUUCGUUGCUCUGUAUUCUCCUUGAAGCUGCAACCAGUAGAGGAAUCGUUGAGAGUUUUAGAGAUGAAGGGUUGCUUUGUUUAAGAUGAAGUAUAUAUAAGGAGAAUUUAAGGAGGUGUUACGAAUCGAAACCAUUAAUAAUGAAUUGAUUUAAGAUGAGAAAAUGAAGAAAUUGACGAAGAGAAAUUGUUUCUUACUUUCCUGGAAACUCAAGAGUCAAAACAUAUUUAUCAUAACAUAAUAUCGAACAUUUUUUAUUUUUCGAAGAAGCCCAUUUAUCAUAUGGUAUAAUAUCGAAAAAAAUGAAAAAAAAAAUACUUUGAGUGAGACCACCAUAUAAUAUGGGGGUUGCGUGGUUUGAACCCACAAACUUGCAGACUUAAUUAGAAGCCUUAGACCACUUGGUUAAAGUGUAUUUUGUUGUUCAUAACCAUCUUACCAAAACUAUUGGUUUUUAAAAAAUAAAUGCGGGAUCCACAAAUUUGCUGACGUGGCACGCUGGAGAGCCUUAAAACUGCUUCAUUAUAAUGGUGAAAGUUUAAUUUCUUUUCUUUUAUCAAAUUCCUUCAGAAUAAUGUAUGGAUGCAGAAAUUUUCGCUUUUGCACUUCUAUCUUUAUUGGAUAGAUCAGAAGAAGAAAAAACAGUUUAAUUUAAAAUCAAUCCUUACAUCAAAAAAAGAAGAAGAAUCUACCUAAAAUUAACAUGUAUCUAUGAUCUAUCUAUCCACUUGUCUAAAUUAAACCGUAUCCAUCUUGUCCUAUAAACCGCGAACCAGAUAGAAUCGUCCAGAAAAGGACACAACAAAAGAUAUCAAAAUAAUUAGAGAGAACUGAGUUCACCUCGUAAAUCAACAAAACAUCUUCUGAACGCAAGAAAAGCUUGAACAUUCUGCGAAUGGACUAUUCCAUUCGAUCUUUAGACCCUUCUUUUGUAUCGAAUGGAAUAUUCGUAUCUUGUCACUAUGGAAAUUCCUUCUGCUUCUUCCAUUUAUAAACUUUAAGUUUUGAGACUUUAUAGAAAUUAAAUAUUGCUCUAGAGACUAUGGCAUUGUCGGUAUUUUCUGCCAAGUUGUCAACAGGUGUUGAAGACGAUAAGAAGCAGGAGGCAUUUGUUUUCCCUAAAUUUGUCGUAAUGGGUCAUAGAGGAUUUGGGAUGAACAUGCUUCAAUCUCCAGACGAGAAAAUGAAAUCAAUCAAAGAAAAUUCUAUUCUUUCUUUCAAUGUUGCUGCAGAUUUUCCCAUUGACUUCGUUGAGUUUGAUGUCCAGGUUACAAGAGAUGGCUGUCCGGUAAUUUUCCAUGAUAACUUCAUAUUCACGCAAGAACAGGGAGUCAUCAUUGAGAAGAGAGUAACAGAAAUGGCCUUACAUGAAUUUAUCUCUUAUGGACCACAAAAGGAUGGUGCGAAUGUAAAUCCUAUGUUCAGAAAGACAAAAGAUGGAAGAAUCUUUCAGUGGAAAGUGGCUAAGGAUGAUCCUUUGUGCACCCUUAAAGAUGCAUUUGUAAAAGUUAAAUGUUCUCAAGGAUUCAAUAUCGAGCUCAAAUUCGAUGAUAAUAUUGUGUAUGGAGAAGAAGAGUUACGUCAAACUCUUGAAAACAUCUUGAACGUUGUGGAUAAGCAUGCAGAGAACCGUUCCAUAAUCUUCUCGAGCUUCCAUCCUGAUGCGGCUCGACUAAUUAGGACUAUGCAAAUGAGCUAUCCAGUAUUCUUCUUAACAAAUGGAGGAUGUGAAAUCUAUGCGGAUGUUAGAAAGAACUCAUUGGACGAAGCCAUCAAGAUUUGCAAAGAAGGCGGCUUGCAAGGGAUUGUUUCUGAGGCUAAGGCCAUAUUAAGAACCCCAAGCGCAAUCACUCGAAUCAAGGACUCAAAACUUUCACUUAUAUCCUACGGCCAGCUUAACAAUGUCGUAGAAGUGGUAUACUUACAAAAUCUCCUGGGCGUGGAGGGAGUGAUCGUUGAUAUGGUCAUGGAGAUCUCUGAAGCCAUUGCCAAUAUCGAGGUUAAGAAUGAGGAAGAUGAUGAAGAAAACAAUGGAAGAAAGUGUCAAAUUAUGUUCGGAGAGGAGAGUAAAAAGGUGAGUAUUUUCUUCUAAUGAUGGGAUCGCUUUCUUAACAAAUCUCGUACCAAAGACUACUUAAUUUGUUCAAAAAUAAAGUUUUUGAUUUAUUUAUUCCACUUGUACGUAGACUAUUUUUUACUAUAUUUUCGUGUCAUUCUUGCGAAAGGACCAUCCUAAUAUUUUCUUUAUAGUUCUAAUGUUAUUGGAUGUGAAUAGACUAGUUAGGCGGUUUUAAUUAAAAGUUUGUAGCGUAGUUGGUGUAUAGUGUGUGUAUUGAGUUGAUUACAUAAUGGGCCAAAUUCUGUUUUUCUCUUGUACUAAGAGAUACAUUACACAUGUGAAGUACUUUUUUUUGGUAAAAGACAAAAAAACGGAUAAAUAUACCCUUACCGAAGGCAGCUUGAGUUUUUGCUUCCCAAAGGAAAACUGGUUUGGCUUAUGAAGCUCGGUUUAUUUGUUUCAUAUGAGGCAUUUAUUGGUUAGGCUUAUUGAGUGAAAUGCCUUAAUCUUGACUGUCGGAUCUGGAUCUUGUGGUUUCAAUCAAAGGCCAAGAUUGAAACUUGAGAAGUAGGUCAGCUUUGAUAAGGACGUGAAUUUAUCGUGUUGGAUGUGGAGGAAGCGACCGAGCACACUAAGUUUCUGUCUUUAUUGGAGCUGUUCAUGGCAGAAAUUGAAGGUUUCGAUUUGUUCUUGUUUUUGGUUUGACAUUUAUAGAUCCAACUGCAUUUUGCUUGAGUUGUGGACGGGUGGGCUGUGUACGGGAGGAUUUUGGGUGGUAGAAGCGUGGACGGGUGAAACAUUGAUGGGGAAUGAAGGUGUUUGGAGAUUGUGGAUUGGUGAGGCGUGGAUGGGUGAAGCAUGGACGGAGGAAGAGUGGACGGGUGAAACAUUGAUGAGGAUGAAGGUGUUUGGGGAUUGUGGAUGGGUGAGGUGUGGAUGGGUGAAGCGUGGUCCGAGGAAGCGUGGACGGGUUCACCAGUUGUUGACUUGCUGUGAGAAAUUGAGCCGUAAAGCUGUGCCGCGUAUUGGCUGACGACCGUGCCGCGUAUUGGCUGACGACCGGAGAGUGGAUGUGAUCUUCCUCCAUAGGAGCUAGCGACUGUAACAAGUACAGGAAGCGGCGGAUAUCUAAGAACGGCGGAGUGGCGGAGAGUGUGUGAAGAACGUAAGGAGAUGGAAGGAGAGACUGUGAAGAACUUAGAUCUAGGGUUUUCAGAAAUCGCCGCAAAAAGAAAGCGUUGGAGAGAGAGAGAGAGAAUCGUAAAAGAGAAAAAGAGAAAUGUGUUAAUCUGAAUUAGAGAUAGGGUUGGUACAAUUGGUAAACCGAAAUAUAGGAUUUCGACCGGUUUGGUUUUUUUACUUUCUCUACCAUAAGGGUAAGAAAGAAGUAUGUCACAUGUGCAAUGUGUCUUGGAGAGUAAAUCCAAAGACAUAAAGUGUCUUGGAGAGUAAAAAAAUCAAAGAAUAAAACUCGUUAAUACAUUCCAAACAUCAAGGUGAAUGGCUUAUCGUCCAUAUAAAUCUAAAAUUUACUUGAAGGCCGUUUGCCAACUUAUCUCAAAACUCUUUAUCACUGGUUGAAAAUAAUACUAAAAGACUUUUCUUUAGGUGAUUUAGAUCAUGUACUAGAUCGGAAUGCUCUUUUCUUUCUGAAUGCUCUUUUUGUUCACUCUUUGGCCGAUCAUCCUCUUAUCUUGCAUUUGAUGAACUCUUGGACCGAAUUUGGAGUGGUGUGAAACUCAUCUCUAACAAUUGUCAUUUUCCUUACAAACUAAAAGACGAAUUGAGUAUCCAAAUUAGAACAUGAUCUACAUGAGCAAAAAUCUCACUAAUUAAAAUUUAUAUAUGUUCCAAGAAUUGUCAAUUGUACUCAUGAAACGCGGUGGUUUGGACUUUUUUUUAUUUUGCUCAUCCACUAUAUAUUAAAAGAGAAGUAUUUGUAAAAAAAAACAUUUGUGAUAGUUUUGCUCACACAUUAAUGACACGUGAUAACUUCACAAUCAUUUAAAAUUAGAAUGCUGAUGUCUUUAUAAUCACUAGAGGAUUUGUCCGGGCUACGCCCGGAUUUUUCCUAUAAUAUUAUUAAAUUGAAUUAAACUUGCGUAAUUUUAUUGUAAGAUGUUAAUUAGAAUGCUGAUGUCUUUAUUGUAACUCUUUUUAUAUGUAAAGAGUAGUGCAUCUCAUUUUAAAAGAAUGGUUAUGGUUGAUGUUAGUGAAUUCAACUGUUGUUAUAUUAUUUUGGUAAAUGAUGCUAUGUGUGGUUUGUAUAUCUGAAUUUUUAAUUUUUAUCUUAUUACUAUAUAAAAUAUUUUGUAUGAACUUGAAUUUAUUUUGCAUAUUUCUUGUUUUUGGUAUUUUAAGCAGUUUUAACUAAAUAGUUCAUUUACUAUUUGAUUUGUUUCUUCCAAUAAAUUUAGAAGAUAAUUUGCUAUUUCUUAUAUUAUACCACAUAUCUUUCGAUAUAAUAAUAUGUUUACAACUUAUAAAAUAAAAAUGGACUUUGAUAACUAACAAAGGGGAGUAAUUUAAUUUGUUGUUGGUUUUUUUUGUCAACGUAAUUUGUUGUUAUUUUUUUUCUCAUGUCACCUAUUUUGAUCUUAUAUAUGGUAUGAUGUGAUUUUGUAUUUUUUUAAUUUCCAUUUGAAACUUUGAAUAAUUUAUAUUUUUAUGAAUUAGUUGAAAUAAUUUUAAUGGUAUUGUGACCACCAGUACUAAUUUCACUACAUUAUUUUGAUUAGUUUUUAAAAUAUAUUGUAUAUAUUUAGUUAUUGUAAAUAUUUUUAGAUUUUGGAUUUACUGCUUAUGACCAACAUGAUAUCUUGAAAUCUUAUAAUUAUCCUUAUUUUUCAAUGACUUGUAAACAACUAUAACAUCUAUUAUAUACUGAAGCAUACAAAGAAAUAUUUUGACUACACCAGUGAUCACAUUCUUAUAAGUAUUGUUAAGUGGAUUUAGGGCGAAAUCACAUUUUUAAACUAUAAUAACGUGAUAAAGUUCUGUAAUAUUCAUCACAUGUGUUUCCAAGUAACAUUUUCUAUAAUACUAAAAAGUGACACUAAAAUUAUUUCAGUGUAUUGUAAAAUAAAAUUAUACAGAAGUUUAAUAAUCAUUUAAAUACAUGUCAUCUAAAUAACAUUUCACAACUUUGCUUAUCUCUCUCACUCUAAAUAUGGAAAAGCAUUCAUAAAACAAAAUAAUCUCGAGAGAUGAAAUAGAAUCACAGAUUACUAAAACGGGGUUUAACAAUCUCAAAAAUAAAGACAUUGGGAAGAAGAUUGAUAGUAAUAUACUCCAUACAACAAAUAUAUUUGCAGGAGCUGCGGAAUGAAACCAGUCGCCAAGGUUGAGAUGUAUGUGCAAAAGGAGCCUCCAAAAAUGCAUUGGUGAGACAUUUCUCUCUGUAUCAGUUUUCACAUGUGAGCUGUUGUUUCUCUGAUCAUCUGACGUAAUAGUCUGCACGAAACAACUGAAGAGAAUGCAUCAGUAGUUAAUACUUUAAUAAAUUGCUUCAAACCAUUAUUGGUAUGCUUACAAUGGAAACAAAAUCUCAAGCCUGCAAUUAGGAAAGUAUAUUAAUUUGAGGGUUACACGAUCUUUCUCAGCGUAGUCAUUGUGAGGAGUAAUGAAAAGCAUUCUUCCUGAUGACAAAAAUUUAGUACAUGAGAAUUAUCAGAAUCUUACAUUUGUUGUGUAUCACAAUUUGGUCAAGAGAGCAGCCUGUCCUGGCUUUGUCACCACAAAACUAUUCCAUUAAAAUUGCUAUCUUCAUUGAUUCUAUCUUCCUUUGUUCCCUUGUCAUCCUUUUCCAAUCCAACAGCUUCUUUUAGCACACUCUUUCCUAACACAAACCCUCAGGUUUUGUGACCCUUGAGACGUAUAAAUUGGAUGUGCAAUUCCAUGUCUGUAUGAGAGGAGCGAACACAUCAGAGUCUGACGUAUCUGAUACAUUAAUCUCAACACGGUACCUUCUUAAAAACAGAUAUGAGUUACUAAAAUAUAAGAAAAAAACAUUUAAUGGAAGGGACUGACUUAGAAUUUUACUGCGGAUGGGAAUUUGAGAACACAUGAAUUAAGUUCUGACACUGUCAAAGAAUUCAGAACUGACUGGCCAUCAAUAUGAGGUGGUCGUAAUUGCAGAAGCAGAAAACUCCAUCAGGAUAAGGUCCCUGGAUCAGAGUUGACCAUGAACAAAAAAAUAACCCGUGAGACAUUCUCAGAUGCAAGAGACGCUGACUCACAGCUCACGGCGGUACAGAUCCACAACCGGCUGUGGUGAACGGAAACGAACUCGGCAACGCUCUUGCUUGGUCGCUCCUCUUCCAUACACAAACAUAUCAACAAUCUCAGAAGAAGAAGAAAGGUGGGAAUGAAGAAGAAACAAAGAGAACGUGAGGGAAGAGAAGAAGAAAAGGACAUGGGUGGUGCAAGCAACGACCAUGGCGGCUUGCCAUCGCUCUAGACCUCACUUCGGCUUGACGGAAUCACAACUGCGGCGACAUGGGCUGCACCUCCGCUGACUCACAGCUCACGGCGGUACAGAUCCACAACCGGCUGUGGUGAACGGAAACGAACUCGGCAACGCUCCUGCUUGGUCGCUCCUCUUCCAUACACAAACAUAUCAACAAUCUCUUGAAGAAGAAGAAGAAAAGAAGCAUUGAAGAUGAAGUAGUGGAGAUUGAGGCUUGAGUGCCAUUACGACUGCCUUUUCUCAGCUGAAUCGAGUGGGGAGGGAAUCAGUAUGGUAGGGUUGCUAGAGUGAAACGUAAAAACAAAGCGAAGAGGAGACGUCAUCUUCUUUUACGGAUGAGCUUCUUGGGCUUAUAAUAUAAUGUAAAUUCGAAAGCCCAUAUUCAGUCGAAACAAAACGUAACAAAACGUAAAAAAUAUUCGUCUAUAAGAUGCAGAAAAACAGGCCGAAAACAAACUAAGCCCAAAACAAAAUAAAUCGAAGAUGCCGGAUGACGUGGCUGUUUGCUGCAUUACUAUUGGUCGUUUUUUCUAUCUGACGUGGAGGGCUUCAUAAGGCUUUAUAUUGUGCUUUUAGUAUAGUUUAGAUUUAAAAAUUAAUGUGUUUAUACACUAAUUUUCUUAAUUCCAGUGCAUAAUGUAAUGUGUUCACUCACUAAUACAAUUUAAUGUGGACAUAAUGUUCAGACACACAUUCAUCUGUGAUCUGUGCCAUUAGUACUUAAAGGGCCAACUUUUGGUUUCUUUUUUUUUCCGUUCGGAAUGCUCUUUUCAUUCUUCUUGAGCCGAUUAUCCUAUUACCAUGCAUUUGAACUUUUGGACCAAAUUUGGAAUGGGGUGAAACCUACGUUGCAUGGAAGCUUCAUUGGGUGUCUGCUUCUCCCUUCGGAACCGGAAUCAGAAUCAGAACUUUGUGAAAGCUUACGGAAUCUCGCUUCCAAACGCUUCUAAAAUAUUCUCUUUAAAAAAACGUUGGAAGCUUACGAUUCUGUUGUUAAGAAAAAUACAAUGUCUUAUAUCAAUAAAAAUAUAAAAUUAUAGUUUUUAAUUUAUAUGAAAUCCAAAUAUAAUAGUAUUGAAUAGAGGGAAUAGAAAUAUACAAAUAUUAAAAUUAAUACUGUCAAUUAUAUUUAUGCAUUGAAGUCUUUAUUAAAGAUAAAUCAUAUAUUCAAAUAUAUCAUGUCAAUUAAUUAUAAAGUAUUAAAAAUAAUAAAUAUAAUAAUUUAUGUGUAUUUAUGUGUAUUUCCACAGUUUUAAUAUGAAAUCAUUUCAAAAUUAUUAUAAAUGAAUAAAUGCUUUAUUUUAAAUUUAAAUCAUAUAAUUUGUAGUUCUAGAUUUUAAACAAAUUCUUAUAUAUAUAUAUGGAUAUGCUUCCAACAUGUACCCGCUUUCUAAUUUUGUUUUUAAAAUCUCGCUUAUGCGCUUCUAUACGCUUCCGCUUCCACGUACCCGCUUCCGUGUCUAUGUAACGUAGGGUGAAACUCAUCUCUAACAAUUGUCAUUUUCCUUACAAACUAAAAGACGAAUUGAGUAUCCAAAUUAGAACAUGAUCUACAUGAGCAAAAAUCUCUCGAAUUAAAAUUUAUAAAUGUUCCUAGAAUCGUCAAUUGUAGUCAUGACUCAUGAAAUGAAGUAGCUUGGACUUUUAUUUUGCUCAUCUUCUAUAUAUUAAAAGAGAAGCAUUUGUAAAAAAAAACAUUUGUAAUAGAUGUGUUCAUACAUUAAUUGACACGUGACAGUCUCACAAUCAUUAAAAUUAUAAUGCUGACGUGACAACUUUACAAUCAUUUAAAAAUUAAUGUGUUCAUACAUUAAUUUUCUUUACUCCAGCGCAGACAAUUUAAUUUGUCCACACACUAAUUUUUAAUCCGUUCAUUUAAUCCGUUCAUUUUUAGUUCUUGCAUUUUUAACUUUUUUAUUAGUAAUUUGAAGUUAUCUCCGUGCAACUACUGAAUAAUAUCAUUAUUGAAAGAAAGAAAUUAUAAAAUCAUUAAGAUUUGCAUCAACGAAAAUGUUAGAAUGAGAAUGUUUUCAAAAAUUAAAAGUUUUGUACCUUGCCAAACUUGUCAUGGUUAAGGCUUCUAUACACGAAGGUAACAAAUAAUUGUGAUUGAUUAUGAGUUAAGAAAACUGAGGUGAAAAACACCACACACAAAGUCGGAUCUUUAGUUUAGUCAAUUAUUGAUUUUCUUUAGAGAGGUUUCAUAUCAUACCAAGAAUUAGAAACAUAAUCAAAUAAUUAGAAAAAAACUAGAAAUCAGAAAAGCUUUAAAAGAAAAAUAAAAUUCACAAAAUUGAUUGAAAAAUAGAAUUCAAGUGUUGAGUGAUAGAUCACAUUAUUUUCGAUGCAACUCUAGCCUCUUUCACUUGAUUGUAUCGUGUUUUUAUUAUAGUUACCAAGAUUUUUAAAAAGAAAAUACACGUUAUUAAUUAUAGACUACGUCAAUUUUGCAACAUGGCCAAUAAUGACACGACACCCAACCAUUUUACUGGCAUUCUUAAAAGUAUGGUCCAAUAAUUAUAUAUGUAAAUUUAGCCCAAAAUAUUUAAUUUACAUUUAUUUAAUUUGCUUUAUAUUAGUAGAAGAAUUUAUAUUAGCAGAAGAAAGUAAGCCUAGGUAAAAUAUUUGUAUCCGAAUAACCGAACUGAAUUUGAUUUGAAAGUAAUACUAAAUAAAAACUAAAACGGAUUAAAUACUCAUAUGGAUCUAAAAUUUUAAUUUCCGGAUAUCCAGACCCGAAACUGUUCCAAACUGAAAUUUUUUGGAUGCCGAAAAUAUUUAAAUCACAAUUAUAUAUUAAAAUAUGUUAAGUAUUUAAUUUUAUAUCUAUUAUAUAUUCAAAAAUAUAAAAAUAUCAAAGUAGUCACAAAUAAAUAUCUAAAAUAACAAAAAAAUGUUCGAAAUACUGAAAAUGUCUAUUUGUUCUCCAUCCAAAUAUUUAAAUUGAGCUAAUUUUAUGUCAAUUUAAGUAUUUAAUCUUACAUUAUUCAAAAUUUGAUGUUUUUUCUUAUUUUAUUUUUGGAUUUUGAGAACUUAAGUAUAUUUAGAUUUUUAUUAAAAAAUUACAUAAUUAAUAUAGGCACCUGAACUUGAAUCCGAACCGAAUCUGUAAUGAUUCCAACCACAUACAAACCAAAUUCAAACCAAAACAUCUGAAUCAUAUUUAAACUUCUAACUUUAAAAAUCCGAAAUCUGAAUAUAUCAACGGAAUCCAAAUAGAUAUUUGAAUGCAUAUCUUUAGAAACAGCUAUACGACAAAUCCCUUAGUACAUCGUAAAAUAAAUAAUCUAAUCACCUACUUAUCUUUACGUACGACACGGAUUAGGUUACCUAGUAAGAUUAUUAUAAUGUUUUGACUAACCUUCUCUAAUAUAACCGUGAUUUAGUUACAAAUUUUAAUUUAGUUAUAAACUUGGAAAAAUGCCUCAGAACUUUUUAUGGAAUUUAAAACCUCUCUCAUUACGCGUCUAUGAUAUAAAUGGGCUCCCAAAUUAAUUUAUGACUACAAAAUAAUAUAGGCUCUGUAUACACGUUAACAUACAUGGUUGACUUUGUUGAAUGAUUUGAGAAGGAUAAAUCCAAAACCAAUUCAUCAAAUAGCAGAGACGACAAAACCUAAACCAUUAAGUCAACCGAACCUGUCUGUAUCCGCUACCUAGUCACACAAAGUUUUUUUGUAUUUACAUUGCAAAGUCAAAGCCACACAGCGACAAAAAAAACUCGAUUUAUUAAUGCAUGGGACCUAAGAUACAAGGUUACGAAUUUAGCCACGACGGUUUAUUCAUAAAAUGUGUGGACAACUACACUAAAAAAAAACUAGUGAUAAGAUGACCCAUUUAAUGGUAGUGUUAUAGGUCCUCGCAAAAUUAAAAAUGACAAAAAACGCAUUAUUGCCUCAUCUUUCAAAAUAAAUUUAAAAAUAAAUUAUAUUCUUCUUGUUUCACAAAGAGUCUUAAUUAUUUUAACAUUUCAAUUAUAAAGAAUGUUAUUAGAAUUUCGAUGCGUUUUACAGUUACUUUCAACUUGGUAUUAACUGCAAACUGCAUUGAACUUAUAAAUAAAUUUUAUUUAUUUAUCUUUGUGCAGGUGCAUCUGUCUGUCCGUGAAGGCCGCAAGCUAGGAGGUCUUUGCAAGCUGUUCUUGACAAAUCCGAUCUUUAAGAAAUGUUCACCGGGCAAACCAAUUUCUACCGGGCUCAGUUCUCGUUAUCACUGCGGGUUCAAUUUUGCGGCAAGUGUGUUCCGAUUUGGUUGUAUCCUUUGCUUAUUAGCUGUUGUGUUUGUAGUUAGUCCCUGUAUAGUUAUGCAUGAGUCUCUGUUUAGUUUUAUUUCUGUUAUUCUGC